AGAGAGAGAGAGAGAAGCACAGGGCAGAUGAGGGUCAUCGGGGCUUUCCGCUGUGGAGGGCAAGCGAGGCGGAAAGAGGUGGGUGAGAGAGGCGAGGAAGCAGCUCUAUAUUCUCACUGAGAGAACGAAGGAGACAGCAGAGGAGAAGACAAAGAGUGAGUGAUACUUCAGCGGAAGAAAGAAGUAAAAGUCAGAAAUAGUGAUAGAGAACAAGAGAGAGCUAGAGACAGAGAGGCGGAGUGUGAAAGGAUAUACAUUCAACUGAGACCAGUGGAUCAACAACAUUAAUGGUGAAGAAGAAUGUUUUACUUGAAUAGUAACGAUUUUACAGAGGAGAAUUACUGAAAAACAAACUUUAUGAUAGUCAACAUUUUAACAAAGAGACUAUCAUCAAAUGGACUAGAGAUGACUGGAUUGGGAUGCAAAACUGAGGAAUACCUUCAUGAUGCUUCUGGGGUGGAAAGGUGCUGUGAGCGUUGUCGUAAAGCCACCCGCCAGAAUGACACAGUCUGUGCUCCGUGCCUACCUGGGACCUAUAACAGUGUCAACGAUGCCAUCACACACUGCCAAUCACACACCAGGUGUGGGGACCUAGGGAAGGAGGUGAAAAGUGCUGGGACUGAGACGACCGAUGCUGUGUGUGGUGCCUUCAUAUCUCGGUGUCCCUGGAUACUACCUACCAGUCUGUGGGCGGGACUAGUGGUGACCUCACUCAUCAUAAUCRUGAUCUGCAUCUAUUGGAGGGCCAAGCAUCAAUCAUACAUGCCAGGUGUGUAUAUCAUCACUGCCAACGCCCAAAUAGUGUGUGUUUGUGCACUCAUCGUGGAUUUGAUGUAAGCAUUGGCUAGAGGGAGUUGCCACCAUAUUCCAGGGACUCUCUCUUUGUACUGUAGAACAAGUUUUAGGUAUUUACUAAGACAUUACAAUGAAACAUUUUAAUAACACUGAAAAAUAGGGUUGUUGGUCAGGAGCGAUGUAGGUGUGGCAGGGUAGGCUUCUUGGGCAGGCUCACAUUAGACCCCUUGUAUGAGUACCUGGUAGGCCACCUCUUGAACGGGCUCAGGUAGGCCCCUUGGACGAGUGCGGGUUGGCCCCUAGGGUGAGCACGGGGUAGCCCAAAGACAUGAUGAAUGGAGACGAAGUCAUGCUGUUAGAGCCCGGUCCGGUUGAUGGGUGACCAACCACUCCGACACUCCCUACAGUGACCCACUACACAGUCCUUCACAUGAAAAUGAAACGCUGUCUCUGCCGUGGUAGAUGGAAAUCUGCUGUAAUACACCUGGUAAACAUCAUCCAACUUGAAGGACCAUGAAAAAUAAACUAAGGAACCUAGAUAGGUCAUUGGUUGGAUAGAUGUCACCAGGAGUACUCGCAAAUGACAGAGACAGUGCCAAAGUUCACCUAUUUAUUGAGGACUCGUGGUUGGACAUGGUGAAGUUGGAUUUUGUGGGGUUCUGCAACGAAGGAGAGACAUCAUGAGCAGGUUGCAGAACAUACAAGGUGAUACGGAUAAACCUAUUAAACCAAUACAUCUGAAAUAGGAAACAAACUUACUCUUAACACACACAACUGGAAYGAAACUGAGCUAUGGCUUGACAGG